CAUGAUAUUGUGGUGAGCCUAGGAUUGGGGGGAAAUGGGCGCAUCCAGUCGAGUCUCAGUAGCAAGAAGAGAGCCAUCGCCAUCGACGUAAGAUCUCUAAAGCAUGUUCUGAUUACUGUCAACGGAACCUAGGUCUAACCUAUACUUUAGGACCAAGCCACUGAGGUGGGGUAUGAAGUUCAACUCAUGGUCCGAACACGCCGCCGCCAAAAGAACACCUUCCCGUUCUUCGAGCUUCCUCCGGAGCUGCGCAAUAUGGUCUACGGACUCCUGCUUGGGAAUAGUCGGUUCUCUAGUUAUACGACGCGCCUGGGAACUAACGAAUUGACUCGAAUUACUUCGACCGGAAAUCUCGGAAUCUUUCUCCCGCGUCUGCGUUUCCACCGCAGCCCUCCAUUAAUCAGAGUGAGCCGUCAAAUGAGACUGGAGUAUGGAUCCUUGUUCUUCAACAUCACGGAAUUUGACCUUACCUCUUCUUACAGAGCCUCUACAAACUUGGAGAUGGUCUGCAAAUUUCUGGAAGGCAUUGGCGAGAUUGUAAGAGCCAAUAUCAAGAAGAUCAAAAUAGACUGGUGGAUGGAUGCUUGGAUGACGACUCAUAGCAUCAAGCUAAAACACGAAUUGCAGAUCUAUGAUGGGUUCAUCCAACACUUCAUCAACGUGUUGUUGACAUACCAGAAGCUUGAGACCCUCGAAAUCCAUGUUCCGAACAAGAGGGCGUUGAGCGUGUCCAAGUUCAAGAAACAUCUGUUUGAUUGGGCAUGUGGCUUUGCCCAUUUGCGCAAUCUUAAGGAUAAAAUGGAGGGACUGACGUUGGACGUCUUCACGAAACACAAGGCUCUUCUUCAGUGGCUGGACUUGGAAGACCCCGAGCGUAGGAAGGUCGAAUGAAGGGCCAAGAGCAGAGCGCUUGCACAGUCUCGAGAUGAAGAACACGAAGAUUUUGGUUCUUCCUGACCAGGAGCUGAUGAGCGCUUCUUCAGGUUAGAUCUUGGAAGCAGGGAAGGCGGGUGUGCCACACGGUCAGGUUAUGAGACUGACAGAACCUGCUCUAGAUUAGCGGGGCGAGGAUAGAAACUCAAUGAAAAUACG